CAGACAGACUCAGACGGGACAGAGAGACCAGAGAGGAGAGUCUGAGAUUAAACUGAAGAUGUCGUCGUCAGCUGCAGACCGCCUCUCCUCCGUCUCCUCCAUGUCCUCCAUCUCUCUGAUGGAGAUCAAGGCGGAGAGCCACCUGGUCCUUAAAGCCUUCCUCCACCGAACCCUCGCCGUCCCUCUGGACCAGAGACCGGGACGAGUGGGAGGAGCCUACAAGGAUCACAACAAGCUCAGCUCCAAGCCUCAGCCCAGACCCAAGGACAGCGUGGAGUCUCAGCUUGAGGAAUUGAGCUCAGCAGAUGAGAAGAAAUCAGGAUUUAAAGACUUUAUAAAGCAGCUUCCUCGUAGGAAUACCUCUCUGAGACUGGCUAAAGAGUCCAAAGGUUCUCUGGAGAGAGACGGACGGAGCAAACCAGGAAACCACCGAGAGCUCACUGAGGGUGAUAUGGCGUCCCCAUCUACUUCAUCGGGGGAAGACGACAGUGAGAAGAAACAGAAGAAGAAACUGAACCCUAAAAAGAUCAGGGAGAGGCUGUCCAAGAUUUUCAAGAAGAGGACAGACAAGGACAAGGACAAGGACAGAGGUGACCAUCCACAGAGACCUGACAGCCUGCCCAUCAGAGAACCUGAUCCUGAUCCAUCGCCCAUCAUCUCCCCCAGUCAUCCUCCAGAGUUUUACGAAGAGGUGGCAGAACGGCUGGAACAGAUCGCUCAGAAGUCCACCAGCAUAAAGAAACACAGUCCUGUGAACCAGCUGUCCCCAGGGUCUGAGAAAGAGGUCAUGGUCCAGAGACUUGUUGAGGUUCUGUCAUCAGAGGGAGACUCCAUCAACACUAAGAUCCAGUCCGACGCCUUCCUGCGGUCAAGCCUAACACGUCUUUCGUACCCGUCCUUCGCCAAACUCCUUGACACCUUCAGCAGCACGCAGGUAUCGGAGGCCCCGCCCCUUCCCCCCACCGCUAGCCCCACGCUCAGACGCAUGGCGGUAACCAUGGAGGUGUCACGCAGGAUCGUCACAGCAACGGGAACUCAACGCAUGCAGGGUUAUGCUGAGUGUUACAUGGAGACGUUCGCUCCUUGGGUGAAGAGUCACGGAGGAUGGGACAACAUCGCAGAACAGCUGGAGGACUCUGAGUACGACUGACGUCUGUGAAGGUCUGAGAAGAGCGACGGUGAAGAGGAGAGAAGAAGAACAAACUCUGAAAUCUGAUUGGCUGAAAGCUCAGCAGACACUACAGCCACUGAGCAUGAGCAGAUGUUCACGUGGUAAUAUGAACAUGUUAGCAGAAACACGGAGCCAGCAGACACUUACAUGUUCAUAUCAACAUGUUAGCAUAAACACGGAGCCAGCAGACACUCACAUGUUCAUAUCAACAUGUUAGCAUAAACACGGAGCCAGCAGACACUAACAUGUUCAUAUCAACAUGUUAACAUCAACACGGAGCCAGCAGACACUCACAUGUUCAUAUCAACAUGUGAGCAUGACCACAGAGCCAACAGACACUCACGUGUUCAUAUCAACAUGUUAGCAUAAACACAGAGACAGCAGACACUCAGAUGUUCAUAUCAACAUGUUAGCAUGAACAUAGAGCCAACAGACACUCACAUGUUCAUAUCAACAUGUUAGCAUAAACACAGAGACAGCAGACACUCACAUGUUCAUAUCAACAUGUUAGCAUGAACAUAGAGCCAACAGACACUCACAUGUUCAUAUCAACAUGUUAGCAUGACCACAGAGCCAACAGACACUCACAUGUUCAUAUCAACAUGUUAGCAUAAACACAGAGCCAACAGACACUCACAUGUUCAUAUCAACAUGUUAGCAUGACCACAGAGCCAACAGACACUCACAUGUUCAUAUCAACAUGUUAGCAUGACCACAGAGCAUAAACACGGAGCCACAGAGAAUAAACACGGAGCCAACAGACACUCACAUGUUCAUAUCAACAUGUUAGCAUGACCACAGAGCCAACAGACACUCACAUGUUCAUAUCAACAUGUUAGCAUAAACACGGAGCUAGCAGACACUAACAUGUUCAUAUCAACAUGUUAACAUCAACACGGAGCCAGCAGACACUCACAUGUUCAUAUCAACAUGUAAGCAUCAACACGGAGCCAGCAGACACUCACAUGUUCAUAUCAACAUGUUAGCAUCAACACGGAGCCAACAGACACUCACAUGUUCAUAUCAACAUGUUAGCAUGACCACAGAGCCAAUAGACACUCACAUGUUCAUAUCAACAUGUUAGCAUAACCACGGAGCCAACAGACACUCACAUGUUCAUAUCAACAUGUUAGCAUAAACACGGAGCCAACAGACACUUACAUGUUCAUAUCAACAUGUUAACAUCAACACGGAGCCAGCAGACACUCACAUGUUCAUAUCAACAUGUUAGCAUGACCACAGAGCCAACAGACACUCACAUGUUCAUAUCAACAUGUUAGCAUAAACACAGAGCCAACAGACACUCACAUGUUCAUAUCAACAUGUUAGCAUAAACAUGGAGCCAGCAGACACAUGUUCCAAUCAACAUGUUAGCAUAAACAUGGAGCAAGCAGACACUCACGUGUUCAUAUCAACAUGUUAGCAUAAAUGCGGAGCCAACAGACACUCACAUGUUCAUAUCAACAUGUUAGCAUAAACACAGAGCCAGCAGACACUCACAUGUUCAUAUCAACAUGUUAGCAUAAACACGGAGCCAGCAGAUGCUCACAUGUUCAUAUCAACAUGUUAGCAUAAACACGGAGCCAACAGACACUCACAUGUUCAUAUCAACAUGUUAGCAUGACCACAGAGCCAAGAGACACUCACAUGUUCAUAUCAACAUGUUAGCAUAAACACAGAGACAGCAGACACUCACAUGUUCAUAUCAACAUGUUAGCAUGACCACAGAGCCAACAGACACUCACAUGUUCAUAUCAACAUGUUAGCAUAAACACAGAGCCAACAGACACUCACAUGUUCGUAUCAACAUGUUAGCAUGACCACAGAGCCAACAGACACUCACAUGUUCAUAUCAACAUGUUAGCAUGACCACAGAGCAUAAACACGGAGCCACAGAGCAUAAACACGGAGCCAACAGACACUUACAUGUUCAUAUCAACAUGUUAGCAUAAACACGGAGCCAGCAGACACUAACAUGUUCAUAUCAACAUGUUAACAUCAACACGGAGCCAACAGACACUCACGUGUUCAUAUCAACAUGUUAACAUAAACACGGAGCCAACAGACACUUACAUGUUCAUAUCAACAUGUUAGCAUCAACACGGAGCCAGCAGACACUAACAUGUUCAUAUCAACAUGUUAACAUCAACAUGGAGCCAGCAGACACUCACAUGUUCAUAUCAACAUGUAAGCAUCAACACGGAGCCAACAGACAUUCACAUGUUCAUAUCAACAUGUUAGCAUAAACACGGAGCUAGCAGACACUCACAUGUUCAUAUCAACAUGUUAGCAUGACCACGGAGCCAGCAGACACUCACAUGUUCAUAUCAACAUGUUAGCAUAAACACGGAGCCAACAGACACUCACAUGUUCAUAUCAACAUUUUAGCAUAACCACGGAGCCAACAGACACUCACAUGUUCAUUUCAACAUGUUAGCAUAAACACGGAGCCAACAGACACUUACAUGUUCAUAUCAACAUGUUAGCAUAAACACGGAGCCAGCAGACACUAACAUGUUCAUAUCAACAUGUUAACAUCAACACGGAGCCAACAGACACUUACAUGUUCAUAUCAACAUGUUAGCAUAAACACGGAGCCAGCAGACACUAACAUGUUCAUAUCAACAUGUUAGCAUAAACACAGGGCCAACAGACAUUCACAUGUUCAUAUCAACAUGUUAGCAUAAACACGGAGCCAACAGACACUCACAUGUUCAUAUCAACAUGUUAGCAUAAACACGGAGCCAGCAGACAGUCACGUGGUCAUAUCGAAUUUUUAGCAUUAACACGGAGCCAACAGACACUCACAUGUUCAUAUCAACAUGUUAGCAUAAACACGGAGCCAGCAGACACUCACAUGUUCAUAUCAACAUGUUAGCAUAAACACGGAGCCAGCAGACACUCACAUGUUCAUAUCAACAUGUUAGCAUGACCACGGAGCCAGCAGACACUCACAUGUUCAUAUCAACAUGUUAGCAUAAACACGGAGCCAACAGACACUCACAUGUUCAUAUCAACAUUUUAGCAUAACCACGGAGCCAACAGACACUCACAUGUUCAUUUCAACAUGUUAGCAUAAACACGGAGCCAACAGACACUUACAUGUUCAUAUCAACAUGUUUGCAUAAACACGGAGCCAGCAGACACUCACAUGUUCAUAUCAACAUGUUAGCAUCAACACGGAGCCAGCAGACACUCACAUGUUCAUAUCAACAUGUUAGCAUAAACACAGAGCCAGCAGACACUCACAUGUUCGUAUCAACAUGUUUGCAUAAACACAGAGCCAGCAGACACUCACAUGUUCGUAUCAACAUGUUUGCAUAAACACGGAGCCAGUAGACAGUCACGUGUUCAUAUGAACCUGUUAACACGUCUUUGAUGUUCGCGUGAACCUGGAGCCGGCUAAUGUCUCUACCUCUCUGUUUUUGUGACCGAGUCCCUCUCAGAGGUUGAUUAUCAUUAUUGUUAUUAUUAUUGUUUUUUUUUGUUUCUAUUAUUAUUAUUAUUAUUAUUUUUCCCACUGUAGUUUCCUGGAUCAGCCAUCAGGUGGAGCCAGUAGUGACUGUGAUCGAUCAGCUGAUUGAUCCUGAUCCAGCUGUAUUGAUUGUUUAAGGUUCAGACUGAGUCUGAGUAUUGUUUACAUCACUAAUGAAGGAACGAAGCCGAGUCUAUUUAAAGAAAUGAAUUUCGAUGUUUUUUAAUGUUUUUAUACAUUUUUAUAUUCAGAGUGGGACAGUCAGAUGUUUUAGACCCUCAGAGAUUUUUACACUACCAGAGAACUAAACUUUCUCAACACUGACAUUAUUCUGGUGAAAUCAAAGAUUAUCAGUCCUGUCUGAGUCCUGGACAGCCAGCCAUUUUAAAGGUUGAUUUCAUGAAGGGUGAUAUCAGGCAGACACUGUACACCGCUAAAGCGGCACAGAAACAUAUGGAGCUAGAGUGAAGGAACCCAGCCAGUGACAGGCCUCUCUAGUUAGUGAUGUAUUUAUGUAUAUAGUCAUUUUACUGAGGUAGAGCCCACACUGGCUCAUUUAUUGUGUUCAUUAUUAGAAAUUCCAGGCCUUUUCUCACACGCUGUCUACGCUGCUCAGAAACAUUGUCAGCUUCAGUGAAGAGCGUGGAUCUGUAGAGGAGUGAUGGCCUCUUCACUAGAGUCGACAGUGUUUUUGUGUCUCUUCUGUUGGGUUCCAUGUAAUCUCAGAAGUCAGAAAUAGGUGCCAGAUUCAUCAUCACGGACACCUGAACUAAAACUCAGAUGACCUUUAGUAACCCUGAGUCUGUACCAGAAUGCUGUGAGCUCAGAUCUGAUGUCACUAACAGCUCAGACGGUCCACAUCCCUGGUCAGAGAGCCCGCUCUUAGAUGGCGCCGUCUCUAGAACCUGAUUUAACGUUUCUAAUCAUCAGAAGAGUUGUCAAUGACUUUGUGACAAUGUAGGAGUUUACCUUUGUUUCUGUUUUUUAAUGUAUUUAUUUAGAGAUGCACAACAGCAGCAGGAUAUCUGCAGAUCUGAACACUUCUGCUGAUAUUUACUCUCAUCUGUUAACAUGGGCCGUAUGAACACAGACGUCAGUGGAGCUCCAGCCUGGACCAGCAGACGUAAGACUCUGUAUUCAUCGCUCCUGACUCUCUAACGUCUGUCUGACAUUUUGAUUCUGUUGGUCAUUAAAUCACUGAUUAUCAUAGAUAAUAGAACAGAUAUAAUAGAUUGAAAUUAAUGUGAAAUGUUGACAGCUUGAGUUUACAGAGAGAGAAAGCAGAGACGGUCUGCUGUGAUGGACACAUUUUUUUUUUUUUAAUUCACAGCAGGGAGAAACAGGAUCAAGACAUGAUUACUGUAUUUACAUGUUAUUUAUUACAGAACCAUGAUGAUGAUAAUGAUGAUGAUGAUGUCUAAGAACACUGCACUAACACAGAACUGACUCAUCCAUUUAUGUCUGAGAGUUUGUAACAUCUGUAAAUCUGAUUUGAUAUAAAGUCCUCCAAAAUGA